GUGGUGAUGGCGAGAUGGACGGUAUUUAAGCCGCCCGGGGAGAGUUCACUGCCACGGUAGGACCAGAGCACACAGGCUUGGAUUCAAGAUGCCGAACUGGGGAGGAGGCACCAAGUGUGCCGCCUGUGAGAAGACGGUGUACCACGCAGAGGAGAUCCAGUGUAACGGGAGGAGCUUCCACAAGACCUGUUUCAUCUGCAUGAGCUGCAGAAAAGGGCUGGACAGCACCACGGUUGCGGCGCACGAGUCUGAGAUUUACUGCAAGUCCUGUUAUGGCAAGAAAUAUGGGCCAAAAGGCUACGGAUACGGGCAAGGAGCUGGAGCUCUGAGCUCUGACCCUCCUCGACAUGUGGGCCUGCAGCAUCACGAUGUUAGCUCUAAACCACGACCAGCUUCCACAAACUCCAAUGACAAGAAGUCUUCCCCGAAGUUUGGAUGUUCAGACCGCUGCCCUCGCUGCUCCAAAGCCGUCUUCGCAGCUGAGAAGGUGAUGGGAGCAGGGAAGCCCUGGCAUAAAACCUGUUUCCGCUGCGCCCUGUGUGGUAAAAGCCUGGAGUCGACCACCGUGACAGACAAGGAUGGAGAGCUGUACUGUAAAGUUUGUUACGCCAAACACUUCGGGCCAAAAGGAUUUGGACUGGGGAACGCCGCCAUGUUGGAGUAACGACAGGAAACUCUUGUGGUUUUAAACUCGCAUUCACUGUGUCACACAGCAGCUUUUUACCUUUCACCUUUACACUGGAUGAUGUUUGUUAUACAUGAAAGACGCCAUAUUGGGCAUCAAAAAACCUGAGCAGAUAAAAUGACAUAAAAAUGAUGGUUCAUUGUGAGUUCAAAAUAAAACUAUUAUGGUGAAAUGUAUCUUGAAUGGAGUUUUUUCAUGGAACAUGACAUUGUUUUCAU